CGGGGUUUCAGUGUGGUGGGAGGGUUCACGAAACAACAACUUCCGGGUCCGUAUGAAGUUUAUGUCCGGGUCUUGCCCUUUCUGUGGAUUUCUGCCUGCUCCGGGUGUGUUGGGAGUUUUCAGAACUUAGGUAGAAGACUUCAGAUUUUGCUCAUGAGCUCUCCUUAAUUCACGAUGCACCCAGACCUGUCUCCUCAUCUGCACAGCGAAGAAUGCAACCUUGUUAUCAGUCUGCUCAAGGAGUGUCACAAAGAGCAUUCUUUCAUGAGGUUUUUUGGCCGCUGCAAUGACAUUGAUAGAGAAAUGAGGAAGUGCUUAAAGAAAGAGUAUCAAGAAAACAGAGCCAAGAAUCAAGCACAUGCAGAAAAGAUGAGAGAAAAACUGAGAGCUUCAGAACAAUAGUACAGCUAGUGACUGAUUGUACAUCAUAUGGACUGCUAAAGGAAAACAUUGUCGUGUCUGCUGGAUACCUGAAUACAGAAAACUAUUUAAUCCAAAAUGUUUGCAAUAAAAAUGGCUGCAGUUGGCACCUGUUAGAUUUCGGUGCACUUUAAUUAUUUGGUUGAGAGACUUUAGAAAAUGUAGGAGGCCUGCUGGAUCAGGGCAAAGGCCUAUCUAUGCCAGCGUUGUCUGUCCUGCUGAGGCCAUCCAGAUGCCCAUGGGAAGCCCACAAGCAGAACGCAAGGGCAAUAACUCUUCCACUGAUGUUCUCCGACUAUUGGUAUUGGCAUGCCACUUUGAUCCUGGAGGUAGUAUAAUGACCAUCAUGACUAGAGGCCACUGAUAGUCUUAGCGAAGUGUAAUUGCUUCUAAAGUUUUUCUGCAAAGAGGAAUGACAGCUCAGUGGCAGAGCACGUGAUUUGCAUGCAAAAGGUCCCAGGUUCAGUCCUUGGCAUCUCUAGUUAAAGAGAUCUCUUGAUAGCAAGGCUGGGGAAAAAACUGUUGCCUGAGACGUCAGGGAGCUGCUGUUGUAAAGUUCUUGUUUGAGACUCGAGAAGUCGGAUCCUGCAACCACACUGUACAUUUUUUCUGUUACCGCAAAGAAUGGUGGCCUGCACACACAGCUCUGGUUUUAAGAAAUUUGCUGGAUCUGACUCCCGUUUCCUUUUUAAAAGUGAAAUCUCUAGCAAGGAAUGCCUAAUAUUUGUGAGAGCAAUUUGCAGAUAUCAAGACAAAUGGUCACGUGCAUAAAGAACUAUUCUAUUUGCUCAGCGCAGCUGUCAAAACAUGACACCAAAACAUGAUGCAGGCAAUCCCUCCAGGAGGUGCAAACAAACAGCUGGGUGCAUUAAUGCUUCUGUGUUUAGGACGGGAAAAAAAGAACUUAACUAUGCUGAUGCUGGAUCAGGGGUGUACGCAUGUGUGUGUGUAACCAGCAAAAAGUAUUUGAUGGAUUCUGAAGUUACACGCUUUUUAAUAAACCUUCCAAAAUUA